CUGCUCUUUUAAGUCUCUCUAGCUGAUGUGGAUAUACUUUAUAGCGAUUCCUUCUCUCUCAACGUGGCAUUCAAAUUGUUUAAUGUUUAUGCCUGAAAUUUUCAGCCGGAUGGUUUUUGUAAAUGGUAAGCACCCCCAGUUACGAUGUUUUUGCUUUGAAUCGUUUGGAACAGCGGGAGACUGGGGCCAACAGUUGGGUUAGUGCUUCAUGUUAGCAUAGUUUCUGAAAUAUGGCGGCAGAAAGGUCAGAGUCGGCUAGUGAUACGACGGUCAAGCCCUUUCCUUACCAAGUGGCCGGGCAUUUGGUUCAAGAUGGAUUUAAAAUGACUGUGGAUGACUGUGUGCUAAAACCAGUGCAAAGACCUCCUAAGGGAGAGAGGGAAGUUAUAUUCUAUGAAACAGUAUUUGAUGAGGCAGAAGAAAGAAAUGAGAUCUUACAGCUACGGAGAUUUCUUCCCCAUUACUAUGGAGUGGUGGAACUAGACAUGACACGGUAUUUAAAACUGGAGAAUAUUACAGGCAGGUUUAAUGUGCCUUGCAUUAUGGAUAUCAAGAUAGGUAAGGUGACAUGGGAUGAUGAUGUGGAUGAUAAAUUCAAAGAAGAAAGAAGAAAGAAGUGGCCUCUUAAAGAGAUAACAGGCUUCAGUAUUCUUGGAUUUAUGGUUUAUAACCACAGAAGGUCCUGUUAUGAACGCUAUAAUCGGGAAUGGUGUUUAAAGUUGGCAACACUAGAGGACGCUGAAAAAGGUAAGGUGCAAAUGAUUUUAAAAAAUUAGUUUUACUAAGCAUAAAACGGAGGUAGAGAUUCUGUCCUCUGAGUUCCAUCCUUAGAGCAUUUCACAACUAUUGACAAGUUAACUUUUUGGUAGCCUGAAGUCCCGUUCCCCACCAAACAAAUUACCAUGUUUACAGUUAUACUUCUGCACCCGCCAUGAUCUGGCAGAAAGUGUGCAGCAUUUUCAGAUACUUGUGUGGAGGUGAAAUCCUCUCAUUAUUAUGUCAAGUUCUUUGAGUGUUCUUUUUACCCCUCAAUCAAUGUUUUCAUGACAAAUGUUUUCGAAGUUUAAGUCCUUUUUCACUAAGUUUAAUACCGUACAUAGUUAUAAUACUAAGCAUGCGGCUAAAUAGUCUUACUAGCUUCCAAAACCACGAACAAAUGACGAAAAAUUUACUAUUUGAUUCCAAGGCCCUAAGACAUGAAAUGCUAUUGACCACGAUACCAAACGUUUGCGAAUUGCUUCAUUCAAAAAUAAACUAAAGCUACAAGGCAAAAGUCGAUUUUCUUUGUAUUACACUCUAAGAUAUUGCCAUGCCUCUAUAUAAUUAUGUAUCUUGUUUCUCACUUUAGUUUAUAUAUAACAUCUAUUAACUCUAGGAUAUAGUUAAUAGGUAUGAUCUCGGCUUCUCAUUACUUUGUUUUUCUGGUGUAUAUCGUACUAUAUAUAUAGGUGUGCGUGUGUCUGUGUUUGUUGUGUUUCCGACCAUAUUAUUCAUAGUCAGCUUGUAAACUGGCAAUCUGGCAUUUUUGACCCACUGAUUAUUUCAGGUUGCCAGUACCCUUAAUUAAUUGUAACUUUUAGUUAAUUUUAAUCAAUUUGCAAGAUGAAGGUUAAAAUAAAGGAUGUUGUGUGUGUUGGCUAUUGAUUACACACACUGUGUUUGUUUGAUUACUGUUGACAACUUCAGUAUAGAAGGUUUUGGGUUUGAAUCCCGGCCAGACAACUUUGUCUCACUCAACUCACUUGAUCAAUUGCUUUAAACUGCUAUUCUUGUCUCCUUCACCUUCACAUCCGAAAUCAAAUAAGAUGUUGAAGAUCCCAUGACAUUGUUUGAUAGCAGGGGUUUCGUUCACAUUUUCAGCAGGAAGGUAGCUAUUUUUUAACAGGCGUGCUAAACUGUUUCAACUGAACUUCUUUAUAAGAAAAACUUUCCUGUAGAUGGCC